GGAAGGUUGAUUAUAUUUUUUUCUGUCCGAAGAGGUGUCAUUAUUCCUGUUGGUAUAUAUAUUUUGUUGAAUUAUCACCAUUUAGAAGUGUUUUUGAAGGUGAAUUUUGGUGACUUCAAUUUUAUUUUGUUAUUUACGUUGUUGUUUGAUAAUUGCCAUUCCUUCUAAGUACGUUACAUCGCAUAUAAUCCUGACUAAUUUGUCAAGCGAGUUCUUCAUAUUUUAUAAUUCUUUUAAGGUACAGUUGUAAUUAUUAUUUAAGACCUAUUAACCAAUGACACAACAGGAUACGGAUCACGCAAGGCCCGUUCUACAGUGAUACGAGGAUGGAAAACGUAAGGCUCGUUCUACUAUGAAUCACGUAAACAGUGACUGAUUGCACGCUACAGUGUCUGCAAUAUUACGCGAGGCUUAACUCUUACGUUUACGUUGCUCCGUGCGACCAAUAGCACCCAAGUUCUGGCUGCCGUGGUAGCCUUAUUUGUUUGUUCGAAAUGCGUUAAAAAUUGAAAUUACAUACCAGAAUAUCGAGGGUUGUAUUAUUUUGUCUUUUUAUGUUAAUUCUGCCCCUUCUAUGAUCUGGAAGCAUAAUAUUUUAUAAAUGAAAUUAUUGUUUGGUUACUUAAAAGUACAACAUUGUUGGUUUUAUUUGUUAACGUUUCCUUGCAUUGUGGAAGCAGUAGAUGUGAUUGUGAAAUGUUCUGGGAGAUAGUCUCCAUGAUAGGCUAUUGUAGAACGGGCCUAAGCGACGGAUCUCUUGGAACGGAGUGUCUACAACGACACGCAAGCAGAUGCGGACCUGAACGGAUUACCCGGCAAUUCUCAGCUGUUCUGUUUAAGCCCCGGGCACAGUCAACAUAGUAUGAAUACCUGGAUGGUUGCAGCGAUAAGCACUUACUCAACACAAAUCUAGCACAGCGGCCAGGCUACAACCAUCAUUAAUUUAACCUUAUUCUUUUUUGUUGUUGUAUUCGCCUUUGAAAAAUUAAUGCUUCUCUAGUUGGUAAAGGAAAGAAAUUUUCUAACAGAAAAAAAAGGAAUUGUGAAAUUGGUAAAUAUGUAGUUGAGCGGUAUUUGCAAAAAAAAAUGUUUAAAAUCCGAAAAUACCUUUAUUAUAUGCUCUUCAACUUCCUCUUUUCAUUUAAAGCGGCGGAGAUAAGAAAUUCCAAAUAUUUUAGGAGAUAUUGAAUUUUUAAAUUUCAUCACAAUACCUGCGCAUUCAUGUGGCGUUGACCAUUGUUUCUUGUUUACGAAUAUCAAUUUUUUUAUUGUAUGAUGAUAUCACGUGAUUGUUCGUGAUAGGCCAGAAUUCAAAUGAACCAAUACGUGAUUAUUUAGUUCAUUUAUUGUUUAAAACGGUGUUUAAUUACCGCCUCCAACUUAGGUGAGUUUUUAACGUUUCUAAUUUUAAAGUCUUAUUUGUUAUUUGGAUAUUGUUUUGCAAGUAAUAAGUAACAAAAAAAUUUUACGCAAGUUGUUACUGUUCAUCCUUUGUCCCGGUUUGUUAGGUCAGGUCAGUUACAUUAUAAAUACGUUAAAACUCAAGAACCAUUGAAAUUAAUUAAUAUUAUUUUUAAUGUAUGCUUAGUUUCAAAGUAUUUAUAAUGUAACUGACCUGACCUAAUCGACCAUUUUCAUUAAUUAGGCAUUAACAAACACAUGGCAAUAAAAAAAAUGGCUACGGUCGAAUGAUUACACAGGUCAGGUUAUAGCAAAAUAAGAAUGGCGAUAUCUCCUAAAGUAUUUGGAAUUCCUUACCUCCGCUGCUUUUAAUGAAAAGAGGAAGUUGAAGAGCAUACAAUAAAAGUAUUUUCAGAUUUUUAACAUUUUUUUUCGCAAAUACCGCUAAACUACAUAUUUACCGUAAAAUUAUAUGCACAAAUAUUUAUUUUUCUCCUUUGAACAUUGGGCUGUAAUGUUUAAUGAUUUGAUUUACACUCACAAUUGAACUUUCAGCUGAUGGCCCCUAUUCUCAUCCCACCCCAAUUUAUCCUUUAGUCAUCAGAUCCCUUGCAUCUCUCACCCCAGCGUUCCUUGCUCCAGCCCAUUUCACUUUCUUCCUCUUCUCAUCUUCCAUCUGCCUCCAUUCCCACGUAGCUUCCACCCGUGAUCGCUCCAUGCUGAACUUCAUCGUGCAAACAUUAUAAUUAAGAUAAAAUAAUAUGCAGUAUAAUCUAGUCAAGAAAUACAUUUUCAUAUUACUAAAGUUCUCAAAUGAUAGGAUGUUUGAGAGCAUGUGAUUGGCCAAAGUGUAUUACUGUUUUCGCAGUAAGGUAGUAUUAAGCAAGAGUUAAACCUAGUGCAAACUACUUAAUACUAAUGCCGGGCUUAUUGCAAUGUUCAAUUGUAGCCAGUUAGAUCGAGUUACAGUGAAGUUUAACUGUAAUGUAUAAUAGUGUGUUUUUUCAGUGAAAUGUUAGUGUUGGUUGUGGCAGGGCCUUAUCAUUAUUCUGUGCAACCAAUAGAAGCAGAGUAUUUAGCAGUGUUUGCACCCAUGUUUGUUUACGUCUUUAAAUACGUUAAAAAUUGUUUCAUAUACAAGAAUAUCUAUUUUUUCAUCAUUACUUUGCGGUGUCUGGUUUAUUUUCAUAGAAUUUUUUUUUCUAUUUAAUUUUUUUUGUAAAAGUGAAAUCCAAUCUCCUUGGUUUUAAUUUUUUAUGUUUCCGUGCAAUGUAUAAGUGGCAGAAGGAUAGUGAAACGUAAAUAUCUUGCGGGUCUGCAAUCUGUUUCAGUUUUUACAUUUCCGUAAGACCCUGUGACCAAGUAAAAUACAAUUUGAAGGUAACUGAGGGAGAGCGUACGAGUUACGUCUACUAACAUGCUUCACAGAUUUGAGGAAGGAAAGAUUAAACAGUAUGUCGCCAAGUACCAGAAUCCAGAUGCCACGAGACGGGAUGUCUUGGCAGCCAUCAGCAACUAUAGUGGGUUGGCGUGUAAACAAGAGCAUUUUGUUUUCAACGACGGAAGGCAAGUGGAGCUACUGAACUUGGACGGCACCAUUCCUGUUCGAUACAAAGGUAGCGUGUACAACAUACCGGUGUGCAUUUGGCUGAUGGACACCCACCCGAACAACGCCCCCAUGUGCUACGUCAAGCCCACGGCCGACAUGCAGAUCAAGCCGUCGAUGUUCGUGGACCAGAAUGGCAGGAUAUAUCUGCCGUACCUCCAUGAGUGGUCGCCGAACUCGUCGGACCUGAUGGGGCUGAUCCAGGUGAUGGUGGUGACGUUCGGGGAGCAGCCCCCGGUGUACGCCAAGUCGAGGGGCAGCAACGCCAUGCCGAAGCCGUACCCGCCCACUUCGUUCAUGCCGGUGCCAGGGGGCUCUGGGCCAGGGACCACACCCUACCCUGUCUUCCCCACCGGCACUCCCUACCCGACCCCCUCCUCCGGCUCCUACCAGCCGCCGUACCCCCCCUACCCCCCGAGCAGCGGCUCCUCGACCGGGUUCCCCCCGUACCCCCCCAGCUACCCCUCGUUCCCUGGGGGCGGCGCCGGGGGCGGCUACCCCUACCCCCCGUCGCACAUGCAGGGGACGCCCCAGUCGCAGUCGGGCGGGGCCACGGGCACCAUCACGGAGGAGCACAUCCGGCUGUCGCUGCUGUCGGCGGUGGAGGACAAGCUGCGGCGCCGCAUGGCGGAGCAGCUGUCGCAGGCGCAGGCGGAGCUGGAGACGCUGCGCCGCACCCAGCGCGAGCUGGCCCAGGGCCGCGACCGCCUCGACGACAUCCUGGGCCGCAUGGAGAAGGAGCAGCUGGAGCUGGAUAAGAACAUCUCCAUCCUGAAGGACAAGGAGCAGGAGCUGGAGAAGUCGAUAGCGCGGCUGUCGGAGCAGGAGCCCAUAGACGUGGACGAGGCAGUCACCACCACCACGCCGCUGUACAAGCAGCUGCUGAACGCGUUCGCGGAGGAGGCCGCGAUCGAGGACACCAUCUACUACAUGGGCGAGGCGCUGCGCCGGGGCGUGGUGGACCUGGACGUGUUCCUGAAGCAGGUGCGCGCGCUGUCACGCAGGCAGUUCAUGCUGCGCGCGCUCAUGCACAAGUGCCGCGAGAGGGCGGGCCUCGCCGGCUGAGCUCCCCUCAGUUUGCCGCGCUCGUGGCAAAAACCCUGUUAAGAAGUUCUCCCUCGGAACUCGGAAGUUCACGCGUGUUUGUAAAUCAAUGGCAGAAUUAUUUUUAACUUUACCAUAUUUACUCACGCUGGCUCCACACUCGUCGGAACACGCAGUUUUUCAACAAGUUCGCCGUGCUCGCGGCAAAUACCCUGUUAAGAAGUCCUCCCUCGGAACUCGAAGUUCACACGUGUUUGUAAAUCAAGGGCAGAAUUAUUUUUAACUUUACCAUAUUUACUCACGCUGGCUCCACACUCGUCGGAACACGCAGUUUUUCAACAAGUUCGCCGUGCUCGCGGCAAGAACCCUGUUAAGAAGUUCUCCCUCGGAACUCGAAGUUCACGCAUGUUUGUAAAGUGGAUGAAGGUGUUAACGUUACGAAACUAUUGUUUCGAGAAAAAAAGGCUCCGAAAGUAAUUUGAUUGCUACUUGCUCAUGUGUGCACAGCGCCUUCAUCAACUCGUAACUAUGUUAUUUUUUGAAGUUAGAGGGAAGGUGUCUGUCUUUACCAUUACAUGGAAUGCGUCAUAACACCUUCAUCCCUGGACUUGGUGCAAUUUUUCAAAUAAAAAAGUAACACAAACCUUCAUCCACUUACCCCUUCAUAUUAUUUGAACUGUACUCAUGCUAGCUCCACACUAAAUUUGCAAAAGUUUUCACCCGAAAAUGGGGAAAACGUGAUCAAUUUCGUGGUGUCCGCAGAACACGAAAGUUAUGAAAAAAGUCCCGAAAUAAACAAAUAAACAGUAAUGCUUCUGGAAGUCAUGAAACCUUUAACAUCCAACAACCUUUUGCUAGCUUGAAUUUUGUUUUCUAGCCCCUUUAUAAGUUUAUAGUCGCGCGUUAAAUAUAAAAUUGUUUGGGGACUUUUUUAAAUCAGGUGGAAAUUAUCUCUGUAACGCAAAAAAUGAGCAUGUUUCUGCAAACAUUCUAUUUCAUAGUGUGUUAUAAAUAAAAAAAAGUCAGAAAAUUUUAAUUGGAAAGUUUUGAAGAAAUUUUGAAAUUGUUCGCUAGGUUUUUGUAGACACCCUGAAGUAGGAGAUAUUUUUUUUUUCCACUUUACCCCCAUCUUAUAUAUAUUUUAUUUACUGGGGAAGGGCGUUGGGUGUUCACAGGAACAGAAUAGCAAGUUAGGGGGUAAGAGAUGGCAACUUCCUGUGUGCGGAUGUGCUUUAUCGUACGUCUAGUUCUAGCCGACUGCUUAACGACUGUGUUUCAUGACAGGGUCGAGAACUUGUCGACUGCGACAUGAACUUCUGUUCCCUGUACACUGCCAUUUCUCAGGAGUGGGCCCCUGUCUUGCUUCACCUGCUGUAUAAAAUACUGCGGAAAUUAUGCAGCUUUUGAAGGAAGGCCUAUUUUGGACCUGUAAAAAAAACAAGAGAAUGGAGAUUUUGUGUAGAGGAGCUUGCGCUAGUGAACAUGGUAUUUAGUUGGUGAAGUCCAUAGGUGGGUACUUCUUAAAAGGGUUUUUACUAGUUUUUUUAAAAAAAAAAUCACUAGAUAUAUUCUUCUGCAAUGUAGAUGAUGAUAGUGUGUAAGUUCCCGUUUACUAUGCUGUAGUACAUAGUGUUUCGUUUCAUAUGUGGCAUAUGAGCCAUUCCAGUAUCUAACACACUUUUAUAUUAUUCAGAUAUGACUAUGAUAAUGAAUUGCUGUUAUGUUGUAUGUGUUUGUUUGCAAAAUGUUUACAGUGAAACCUUGUUAAUACAAAACUCUCAACUAUACUUAAUACAGUGUUUUCACAGUUCUUAGAUACUACGUAGGAGUUAUAAUGCUUAUCAGUCAAAUACAAGACAUGGUUAUUGUGUAAUAUAAAUUGGUUUUGUCACACUGUGAAACAUUUACAUGUAUUAAAGAAUGGUUAAUACUAGGGAUGGGACGAAUCCACAUUUUGGUCGAAUCCGAAUCCUUGUUCGAAUCCUCAGUGUUUGUCAUCGAAUCUCGAAUCCCAGUCCCACACUAAACUUCACCACAUGUUACUAAAAAAAAAUCACACAUUUAUUUUAAAAAAUUACAUAGGCCUAUGUAUUAAAAAAAAUCACAUGUGUAUUUAUAAAAUUAUAAAAUAAGUGCACAGUGUAUACACCUGAUAUAAAAUAGAGACAAAUAACCUCAAAAACCACACACGUAAGUUUGCAUCUGUCUAAUUCUCUGUUAAAUUAAUCCUUCCUAUGUUUUAAAUAAAAUAUGUUUGUAUAACAGACACCAUUUAAAAAGGUUACUUUUUUUCUGUAAUGUUAUAUUAUUGAAGGUUGGAAAUGAUUGAGUAGUUAUGCUAAUUGACAAAAUUCAGCGUAGUUUAUCUUAUGUUUGUACUAUUUCCAUUACCUUUAUGAUAUAGUUUAGGUAUACAAUUUUCUAGAGCUGGACGAACCUCAGUUCUCUGGUUUCGAACCAAGCCGAACCGAGCCUCAUACAGAAAUAAUUGUUUUGAAUUAAAUGAACCUAUGACCAGCAUUUUGGUCUUUAAAUGAGUGGUGAGAAAGAAAGGUUCUCCAGUCAUAUGUACAAUUAAAACAUUAUAUAGCUUAGCUUAUAUAUAUACCAACUUUUAAUUCAUGAAGAAGUUCCAGUAUUUUGGUCUUUAACUGAGAGGUGAGAAAGAAAGGUUCCCCAGCCAUAUGUAAAAUUCUAACAUUAUAUAGCUUAGCUUAUAUAUAUAGGUACCUACUUUUAAUUCAUGAAGUUACAUCUAAAUUUCAAAAAGACUAUGUUCCUUUUUCAGUGUACACUAACCUUCAUUAAAAAAAAUAUAUUAUAAAGAUGACGAACAUUCAGCAUAAGGCCACAUAACAUAUUUUUGUGGUAGACAUAACCUAACAUUUUUAAUAAGUAAAACUUUUUAAUAGGACAUCAAUAAAAAAGUGGAAUGUGAAUUAAGUUACCUAUCUACAUUACAAAACCCGCUGACUGCAGUUGCUGUUUUCUUGGAAGAAUUCUGCUUGUCAGAAGAAACUUUAGACUUUUUUUUUGGGUGGUUUUGGGUCGUCAUUAUCUUUUCUCCAUUUGGAAAACUUAAACGACGUUAGCCUGCUCAUCGCAAAUCACCUCAAGAACAAUAAUAUUGUAAACGUAACGUAAGAAGUGUGGUUAUAGAAAUUUGCGUCGGAAAAAAGAAAACACGAGAAAUAAUGAUGGCUGCCGCGACUACGCUAGUCAACUAAGUACCGUACUGUAAAAUUUACUGGACCAGUACUUUUAAUACACAAGAUUAAAUUAAUAUUUUCAGUACCUGACUGUUAUAACCAAAAAGGCCAAAGAAAAUAAAUACAUCCCAGUAAUUUAAAAUCCGUAAUUUACGUAAUCAUUUCUUACCGCAUUUGUCGUGUGUUUACUUGAUCACGUUAGUUUUGCCGAAAUACGAGAGUUUUCGUACAUGCGCUUUAGUUUAACGUAUGGGGUACGCAAUCUUUGGUGAUUUUACAACACUUCUCGUACACACACUAUAGUUAAAGGUAUAAUAUACAAUACCUUUGGCAUUUGUACGAUAGUUUAUAUUACGUAGUACGACAAAUGCAUACAAAAUCCUCUAAAGUAAACAAAAAACCAAGCGCGCGUAUAUGAAAAAAUGCCAUGAGAGUUAUGCGACGAUCAAUAAUUUUUUAUUUUAUUUUGUAUGCGCUUGAAACUGUUGAGGCGACGAUUAUGCGAUAAAAGUCGGAAUAUUACAAGUAAUGGAAUUUUGUUGAGCUGUUUUGUGAAUGGUCUGAAAUGGGGGUUGGAAAAUUAGAAAAACGUAAUUUUUUUUAAAUGAACGUUCGGUUUUUCGAAUAUAUUUUAAGAGGUUUCGAACCGAACCGAACGUAAGGGUUCGGUUCGAAAUUUUCAAACUUCGCCCAGCACUACAAUUUUCAAUUACUACCUAAAACUCUUAAAAACCCACCUCGAAUCCCACCUCGGAUCCUACGAAUCCUCGAAUCCAUAGGAUUCUGUAUAUUCGACGAAUCAAAGAUUCAAAAAUCCCAUCCCUAGUUAAUACAAAAGUCACUGAAUGAUGAAAAGAAUGUGAAAUUUCAAAUGAAAUAAUACUGAUGCCAACUUGUUAGUUCAUUUAAGGAUGGAGAAACAGCUUAAAAAGUACAUAGAUAAUACAUAUUCAUACAAAAUGUCUCCUUUUAGGUAAUUUCUGAACUUAUGUUGUAAAUGCUUAUUAAGGAUCUGGUAGAAAAUGUCAGUGAUUCCAUUAUCCUGACAUACUACCAAAUAUUGCACACUAUUUGAUGCUGCAGCAUGUUUUUCGAGUAGUUAUACUAUACUCAACGACCAACCAAAUGCAUGCCCGCCCCUUUGCCCUUAGCGUUUUAACUGCCGCCGUGGUUUUUAACCUGGAAGGCUAAGACAUAGAGUAGAACCCUGUUAUAAUGUUUUUCAAGGGAGCACAAGAAAAAAACAUUAUAAGCAUGAAAACGUUAUAAGCAGGAAAUCUCAAUUUAGCACUUAACAAUGUUCGAGCUUUGUACCAAUGGACUCACCCAGCUAUGUAAACAACUUUAAUGUUAAAACCAAAGAUAGUAUACCUACUUGAUACAUGAAUUUUCUGAAACAAGCCAACAAUUUUUCAACUUCGUCUUGUUCCCUGGUUAAAUUUUGUUUGUCUUUAAAGAUACACUGCCACAUUUUUUGUAAAAUUGUCUAACGAUUCAUGAUGACAACAUUAAGAGUGAGAACGUCUACUCCUUCGCCACCUGAAAAUGUUUAAUUUUGGAAUUCCUAAGUAUGAAUGAAAAAAAAAAUAUUUGUAAGCAAUAGAAAACACUUUUAGUUAUGCCCUGACUCAAUGGUUGGCAACUUAAAUAUCGUAGGAUUAUGUACGUGCAUCUGAACACCCACUGGAAUGGCAAGGAAGAGAAUAGUUGACUAAGGGUGCCAACUGACAUGUAACUAUGAACAUUGUGUACCUUCAGUAUAUUGCAUAAAAUUGUAUUUUAACAAACUGCAUGUAUUGUAUGGCAGUGAUUGUAAACAUAAACAUACAUAAAGGAAACUUUUUAUCGUAAGUGUUGGAAUAAUUUGGUUUUAAAACAUUUUUUCCCCAUUUAUUGAAUGUUAGAAAGAAAACAUUAUAAGCAGGAAAUUAUACUAUUUAUGAACAUUAUAUGCAGGAAAUAAAUACAUUGUCCUUAUGGGGGAAAUAUUGGGACUUUAAAAAUAUGACAUUAUAAGCAGGAAAACAUUAUAUGCAGGAACAUUAUAACAGGGUUCUACUGUAUAUAUUUUCCUGUGGGUUAACAAAAAAAGGUAGCUUCACAGCAUGAAAAAUUGUUUGUUCUUUUUACCAAAGCAUGACCAUUCAUCCUACUCUGAAUUUUCUUUCUCCACGCUGCGUAACAUUCCACGUCUUGCCCGCUUGAACGAGCGAUAACAAAGCUAUGUCACUGCGCUUAACCUUCUUUACCUCUCUGGCGUGGUAUAUAGUUGCAGCCCAAGUCUAAUAAAUUAACAUUUUAAUGAAAAUUAUUUUCAUUUUCCUUAUGAAAGCAGUGUCAAAUGGACUUAGCGCUGGUUAAAAGAUACAGUUGCAACCGGAGCGUAUGCAUAAUUAAUCUGUGGUUAUGGGGGUAGAACCACCUUGCUCGCUGUUUGCUUUCAAAUUCUUUCCUUUUGUUGGCAGAAUUUUGUUCUCAUCUCCACCCCCUGCAUAUGCCCCUGAGUUUAUUGCACCAUGUUUACGCUUGUUCCAGUGACAGUAUGUGGUACAGUCUGCUUUUCCUGGGUAUCUUCCCUUUUCGGAAGACGUCUGUUAUUAAAAUAAAUUUUUAUUUGAUUUUCAAAACGUGUUGAUUUCGUGCCAGAGAACACCGAACAUGAACUUGGCGAGAGAAAAAAUGGCAUCUUAUGACGUAUUGGGGUUGGGGGCAGGUCAAUGUUUAUUACGGCCCCUUCGCCUCCCUAAUUAUGACUGUUCCCAGGAACCGUGAGGGGGUUGUAACGACAGAGUUUUACUGUACUUAUGCCUUCUUGUCCCGGGAAGUGACGGCACGAGGUUUGUCUGACCUGCAAGUGAAGUAUGCACGUACGCAAGUUAGCGAGUCUGUACUGCCACUUUGAAAGCUGUUUGUUGGUUUUAUUUGAUAUGAUGGAACACCCAAGUAAUUAUAAGAUUUGUAAUAAUUUUCAUUUUAUUUUUUAACAGGAUUAACACAUUUAAUGAAAUAUAUAUUUUAGCAGGGUUAUGAGAAAAUUUUAACGAAUACAAAUACAAUUUUAACUUAUAUAAAUUAAGUAAAUCACCAAUAAAUGUGUGUGUUUCUAAAUGUGUUAAAACAUUUCUUUAUUAGUCAAUGUUUCUAAAUGUGUUAAAACAUUUCUUUAUUAGUCAAAAUAGUUUUGGGUUUAAAUUUUUUUUUAUACCUGUUAAGCUGGCUAAUACUAUUUAUAGAAGCCAUAAAAAUUAUAUAUGUCUGAACCACUCUAGUACACAGUGAAGACAAGUGAAGUAUGCAGGUCGCAAAUACAUAGCUGUGUACUUGAAUACCGGAACAGACUUAAUUUGGGAAGGGGAGAGAGCAUAUUUAUUAUUAUAAUUAAUAUAUUUACAUACAAAAAAAAAUUUUAAUUCACAUUUUAGGAACUUGGAGUUAGUGUACAUUAUCUUAUAAGCAAGGUUGUUUUUUUUUUUUGUGUUAACUUUUUAUUGACCCCAGCCAUCAUCAAUUUUCAUUUUUCAAAUCAACUUACUGGACAGAUUUUGAAGUAAGUUUAGUGUUUAUUUCGUGGUUUGGUAAGCCAAAGGGAUUUUUUAAUAUUACAUUUUAUUUUUGGUGCUUUAACACAGUCCACAAAUUUACAAUUUCAUCUUUUUCUGUGCUGGUUGGUGGCUUGUGCUUAUACAUAUCCCUACAGUUAAUUUUUUUUUUUUUAACUGUAUAAUCACUAAUCAGUAAUACAGGGUGUCGACAGGUCAUAAAACUUAGUUUUCCAGGAGUGUUUUGCUUAUGUAGAUUUUUUGAUCUUCAUUUUAUAGUUGUGAAUUAAAUAAUUUGAAAUCCUCCACUUAAAUAAUGUGGAAAUUACACCAGGUAUUAGUAGAUACGCUGUAAAUAUAAAAUAAGGUGGUUACAUAUGUAAAAUUGUUAAUGAGAACCAAACAGCAGAUAAUGAUUAAUAAAGCAGGGGAAACUGUUAUUAUUUGCCCCCUGGUAUGCUUAAAUUUUGAGCAAUAGGUGCUGAAAAUAACAAAAAAUAGAUUAAUCAGAAACCGGUUUAAUUAAACCCUUCCUUUAGGUUCCUUGUUAGUUAUGAUUUUAUUUUGUUUGAGAAUAAUAUAUGAACGAAAAA